AUGGGGCCCAGCCUUGCAGCAUCGAGCCUCCUACGCCGGGGUCGUUCCAUCACUUCUGGUUCGAAUGAUCUCGGUGACUCGAGUACUUCAUCUCGCAGACAAAGCGGCUCCUCGAGCAGUCGCAAGCCUUCUAGGUCCAGCUUCCAGAUGGACGACUGGACCGAUGGAUUUACCGGCAUCGUCGACCUCGACCGCAGGAUGCGCGAACUUGCCAUGUCCGAACAAGGCUUCUCCGCGCUCGACAGCAGCAACGGCUUAGACGUCUACGAGCCCUAUUCGCCCCCUUCCUUCGCUUGGUCAGAGAAGCAGCAGCCACGAAAAAACAGUUCGUCCGGCUCGAGACCGGGAAGUGCUUCGCACUCAUCUAUGGCUACGGGCCGGAGCAACCCCUCCUUGACCUCGAACCUCAAUAUGGCCUCCUGCAGCUCGACCACGGCGACAUCGCGCUUUUCUCAGGACUCGCGUGCCCAUUCGUCCCUGCUGUCCAAGAGGAGAUCCAGUACAACCAACACGAUCGAUUCGGUGGAGAGCGCGCACAGUCCACUUCGACUUGCUCCCCUGCCUGCUUCGCCGUCAGCCUUCGGCAACUAUCGGCUGACGGAUGCCUCUGCUUGCCCUCCGUCCAGAUCUUCGCAACUGUCUGGUACGUCCUUGCCAUUGUCUUGGUCGAGUUUGGACGAUCAGGACCCCUUAACCACGCACGCAGCCACAGAAAAUCAGCUCGAGCCUCUCACGCCCGGCACAGCAGCUGCAGCGACGUGGACAGAUCCGUCGGCACCCAGGUACUUUCCCGCUGGUCUCAGCGGCGAGUACAGCAAGAAGGGGGCACGUUCUCAGCGCAAGAAGACGGUCCGUGCGCCGCUCCCACGUCUGAUCUCGGGCGAGGUCGUCUCUUCGUCCAUCGACGAAUCGGGACAGCCUCGUCUGCAUGGCAAGCUGUUUGACAAGGAGACGCAACAGCUACACGCUCACGCCAUCACUUCUGAUCUCGAGAGGGAUGCGUUCGAAGGCAAAGAUGGCCCUUCGGCAUCGCAUUCGAGCACAGAGGCACUCAAAAAGUCGGCGCAGUCGCUCGCACUCAACUUGCGCUUCAAGAUCAUUCGUGCCAAACGCAAGGUCAACCGCUCAAGAGAGGGCGCAGCAGCAGACCUGUUUGCUUCCGCACACACUUCGUCGCAGAGGAGCUCCGUUGAGGCUUCGCUUUCAACGUGA